AUGUUGUCACCGACACGAGCACUGAACGAGUGUCUUUUUGAGUCGACAUUCGACGCAACUGCAUGUAAGUCGCACAUACGAACCAGGUUGGAGAUGCGACGCAUUGGCGACGACCUUCCUGAACCUAUGUGCCUGUCACUCUUCAAUCAGCGUUAUUUGGAGGAGGAGUAUAAACAGGACCAGUACUGGCAUCAGCCAGAUACUCGAACGACGGCCAUCAAGCCACCUCCGCGCCUCCCCCCCGAUAGGGGGGAGGGGAACAGCACCCAAUUCGACGCGCUACCCGAUAGGCAGAGCCACACAGGAAUGGCUCGCGGGAUGGUAGCGGUUCAGGGCGGGCAGGACGAUUCCCCUGCCUCUACUGGCGUCACAAGACCACUCGUUACCCAGACGGCAGGUGGAGAUAUCGUAGUUGACACCAUCAUGGCAGACGACCAGCAGGCGGUUUUCGUAUCGAGCCACGGGCCAGACACGGUCGGAGCCUCGGUCGAUCACGGUUUAAACUCGUCAACGCCUGGCGGCGGCGACGGAGCGUCGACGCGUCAGACAGCGGUAUCACAACCCCGAUUACCUGAGGGGGUAAAGACGACUUCAUCCACGCCGGCCGUGGAGCACGUACCUCCUAAGGAGCUUUUUGAGGCUCUAAUUGAGUCGAUGAAAGCCUCACCAGGCCCAACCUGUAACGGGGCACCCUGA